CCGGUCGUCGCCCGCGCCGCCCGUCGCGCGGCAUCAGUUUUCCACGCGGAAAAAUUGUGUCGCGAGUGUCAACGGACCUGACCUUCCGUCCGCGAGACCGGGGCCCGUGAUGGAUUAUGUGUAUGGCAUAUAAGUGUGUAUACUGUGUGUUCUGCAGCGCGCCCGGCCCACCCCUCUGAAACUUCCCGCAUCCCGCACCAUGGAGGCUCGGCGGCAGACCCCGGCCCAGUGGCUGUCCGCAGCGCUCCUGCUCUGUUCCUUCCUCUCCACUAACUCACUCAGCACUAAGAUUCACGAGCACAUGACCCCGGAUGAGCUCAGAAACGUGUUCCACGUGGAGCACCAAAGCCACGUGCCUCAGUACCACCUAGUCCACCUCACGCACCACCUCGCCAGGCGGAACAUCCCCACCUCCCACCCCAGCAACUUCCACACGCCCAACAGCGGGAAGGUCGCCCACGACAAGAUCAGCGACUGGAAGAAUCCUCCCUCGCUCCUCAACGACGAGAUGUUCGUCAAGGCCAAGGAUCUGAUCAAGGACGUGGACAUCAUCGGCGACCUGAACCUGACAGUGCCGGUGGAGUUUGACGUGUCGAAUUCCAGUGAGAGUGUUAGUGACAGUGAGUUCGGUGACACGGAGCACGCGGUGGAAAACCAGGACCCGGACGUGCACAGGCUCCAGUUCGAGGCGUUCGGGAAGAAGCUGAACCUGACCCUGCGGCGGCAGGAGGGGCUGGUGAAGAAGGACGGCCUGAGGAUGUGGCGGGUGCUCACCAACGAGUCGCAGCCCCACGGCGUCGACUACGAGGAAACGACGACGGAUGGCGAGGAGGAGAUCGGUGACCUCUACCACGACGAGGAGAACGGAGCUGCUCUGUUGAUAAGGAGACAUCCGAAGCACGGCAAACUAGUGGUGGAAGGCUCAAUCGGUCACGAGCUACUGGUGCGGCCGAUCCCGGACUCUGUGACGGGCGCCAGCGCGCCGGACGACGAGAUGUUCAUGGACCCCACCAGCAUGGCCGACAUGGUGUCCAUCGAUACCGGCCUGCCUAUUGUAAAAAGAAAGAAAGCUGAGCAGGAGGAAUUGCAGCUGGCGCUGAACGGCGCGCAGCACGUUAUCAUCAAACGGGACCCGGCCGAGGAGGACCACGCCAGUGACUAUGCUUUUAUGGAACCCGACCACCUGAGCAAGCGCUACCGACGACGACGGUCCACGGACUCGCACAGCAGACGCAAGAGGGACGCUCCCUACGUCAUCUACCCGGAGAUACUGGUCAUCGUGGAUUAUGAUGGAUACAGGUUGCACGGCGGCGAUAACUUGCAAAUAAAACGUUACUUCGUGUCGUUUUGGAACGGCGUCGACCUGAGGUACAAACUGCUAAAGGGACCCAGAAUACGAAUCUCCAUAGCCGGCAUCAUAAUAUCUCGAGGUCGAGAUGCUACGCCAUAUUUGGAAAAAAAUCGGGUGGGUCGGGACGCGAUAGACUCUGCCGCUGCGCUCACUGACAUGGGCAAGUAUUUGUUCAGGGAACGACGUCUGCCCGUAUAUGACAUAGCAGUUGCUAUCACCAAACUAGACAUGUGCAGAAGACAAUAUCCGAAUGAGGCGUGCAAUAGAGGGACAGCAGGUUUCGCGUAUGUGGGUGGCGCGUGUGUUGUAAACAAAAGAUUGGAAAAAGUCAAUUCAGUUGCCAUCAUAGAGGACACGGGCGGUUUCUCGGGGAUUAUCGUCGCAGCCCACGAAGUCGGCCAUUUAUUGGGCGCUGUUCACGACGGUAGCCCACCUCCCUCAUAUCUUGGAGGACCAGGCGCGGAAAAAUGCAGAUGGGAGGACGGCUUUAUCAUGUCUGAUCUCAGGCAUACUGAAAAAGGAUUUAGGUGGUCCCCUUGUAGUGUACAAAGUUUCCAUCACUUUUUGAACGGCGACACAGCGACGUGCCUGUUCAACUCGCCGCACGAGGAUGACUCCUUACCGCGGGUGCUGCCGGGCCGUCUGCUGACACUCGACGCGCAGUGCCGGAAGGAUAGAGGAACAAGUGCGUGUUUCAAAGACGAGCGAGUGUGCGCUCAGCUGUUCUGCUUCGACUCGGCCAGCGGGUACUGCGUCGCGUACCGACCGGCCGCCGAGGGCUCGCCGUGUGGGGAUGGCCAGUACUGUAUAAACGGCCGGUGUAUAACUGAACACGAGAACAUCAUACCGGACUACUCGCAGCACACGCCCAGCUACGUCCGACCGGAGACUAGUCCAUUUUAUGGUAAUAUUACGAGUAGCGAAGCGACGACCCAACCGUACGUACCCAGCACGGAAGCACCGGCCCCGGCCACAAAUUACAGUUCCAACUACGAAAAGAGCUCCAAACCGGAAUCCUUCACCACCUCCACAUUGAAACCGUUCAAAUACUACUUUAGAAUAACCAAACCGCCAGAGGUUGUCACCGAAAAAACGACCACAACCACCACCACUACUACUACUACAACCACCACCACUACACGGAAACCACAGACGAGCAUCUCGUUCCCACCGUCCUUAAAUAAGUUCUCGAUAAGCACCACGAGAAGUCCAUACGACUUCCAGGAUUUCACCACCAAAGCAGCUAAAGCUGAAGUCACCGAGAAAAAGAGCUCUCUUGGCAAAGAGUACAGUCCCUUUGGACGUCCGACUACGAAGAGUCCCCUAUUCCCAGAUAAGGGCAUAAAGUCCUUAUUCAAAAUUGGCACCUACUACUCUCAAGCGAAAUCCUACGACAAUUCCAUAAGACCCGACGCCAAUUCUCAACAAGACGUGCAGAUUGAGCCUGCCAGAUUAGUUUACUCUUUCCAAAAGAAUUUGACGACGGGAGCCAUUAUAAGAACGUAAAGCUGCCAAAAAAAUUGUAGCCGCCACUAGCAAAUCGCGAAGGCCUUACUGAAGACUGCUUGCUGGAUCCAGAGACUGGUGCUAAGAUAUUAGUGAUCCUGGACAACUUCUUGGACUAUCCUGGAGUGAAGCCGGGACCGUCUCCAGCCCAACUUACAGAGUGUGUCGCGCAUACCUCAAAAUGAAUAUUACUCGACUCGAAUAGUUGAUAUUAAUUUAGCUCAUAAAACAUCGAAAUAAAUGUUAGAAUCGAUUACACGACUGAACAGAGUUGGGUAGUAUUCGUCAGCGGGUAAAGGUUUGCGCGUAUGUGUCUGAAGACAAUAUUUGGUGUCAGACACAGUUGUGAGUGAUAUAUCAUUGUGAUUGUGUAACUAUAGUGAACUGUAAGUACAUUAGUAAUAAAUCUGUAUGACGAACAAAGCCUCGAUAUACUCGACUCGGUUUUGGAGUUAUCUAAGUUUGACUUUAAGCUGUUGUAAAAAUAAUUUUGUAAACAGAGUAACUGCCACGAAGUGCCUUCUUAUUGUAAGCGUUGUGCGUGUAGAAACUAAUAUUAUGCAAAAGCCUCCACGUUAAAUUAUUAUUUCAGAUUCAAUUAUUUUUGAGAAAUUAUCUACUUUAUCAAAAAGUCUAGGAAUAGCGUUUUAAAUUUUUACACAACUUAUUCAUAGGUUCUUAAUAUUAUUUAUUUAUGUAUGUUAAAAAUUUGAUGUAUCCUCAAAUUAGUAGUCUUCCAUGAAAUUCAAGAGCUAAGUGACUUAAAAUAUUAGUAGAGCAUUCAUAAACUUUUGUAUUAUUAUAUUUUGUAUCUGUUUAUAGCGACUGGUUCGCGAAUAUAGUAAAUAUUCUACACAAAUAGGACUAAAUAUACAAUUUAUAUUUUUGAUAUUUUAAUAUGUAAAUGUUCUUGACUAAAGUUACCAUAGAGUAAUUAAUGGUAGAUGUUUCAGACUGCAGUUUAAUAUUUACAAUACGACCGAACUUCUUAUUGACAUCACUUGCCUUUUUAUAACUAUUUAUUAUGUUCCAAUAAUUUAUGUGUACCUAUCUGAUAAUUAAGUUUGUCCUAAAUUGUUUAAACUAAGAAAAAAUAUAAAAAACAAAUAUG